GCCUCAGUAACACACAUGCUGUGAGAGAGGCAGGUUACGGCUUUAGCUCCUCCGCCUUCUUGUUGGAAUUCAUUUCUCACUGUCGAAGUGAUGAAAAGUAAAUGUUUGGGCAUAAAUAUAACGUGCUAGUAUUGUGCUUUAGAGCCAACAGUGCGUGCUUAGUCACAACCACAGACAUAUCAGUGGUAAAUGGAAAAAAAAAGUGGUAUAGGCCCAUACGACACGAGUUCGCUAAAUAUGGAUUCAAGAAAUUGUUGAUGGUGUCAGGAGGAACAGUCUGAGUGAGGAUCCACACUCUUGCGGCUGGCAUCGCUACAGUUACUGCCGAAUAUAGCUGGUGGCCGCGGCCCUUCCCUGUCCAAGAUGUAUUGUUCAAGAAGUUGUAGACAAUGGUGAAGUGCUGGCCAUGAGACGCUGUAAACGUUGUCCGCCUUCCACCAGCAGUAGCCAGGCCCUGCCCUCAUGACCUGACUUGGGGCACACCCACACACACACACACAAAACAACACACCGACUCGCCACCCCUUCCACCUGGGCCAUCGUCCGUCCUGCAGUAGCGUCCACUACACCAACCUCCUAUGGCUUCACCGUAAUUAAAGCCACUGCCAAACCGACGUACUUGAAGACUCGUCAGUCCAUAUUAGUACUGUAUAUAACUAUUUUUUACACUGGGUACUGAGGUAUCUGGGGGCAGAUAUCGAGUACAGGUAGAAUAGUGUGGCUAAACAUUCCCUGGUGACGUGACACCUGUAGGAGAGCGGACCAAGAUGGCUGGUGUCAACAGAAGCCUCCUGCUGCUGAAGCUGCUCCUCUUCACCUUCUAUGGAGCUCUGGGUUGCCUCAUACCGUUCCUGACGAUCCACAUGAGGUUCAUCGGGUUGAACAAGCAGGAGAUCACCUGGAUCAACUCAGUGCUGCCCCUCACCUCCCUCUUAGGACCGCCGCUGGUGGGCAUGAUGGCCGACAGACUGGGCCACUACCGCCCCAUCACCAUCUUCUGCAUGCUGUUCGCUGCCAUCCUUCACACGGCACUCCUGUUCGUGCCAUCUUGUGAGGUGUCGCCACCUGUAGAGGCUCCACUAACCCUCAGAUGCAACCCUGCAGGAGCUGCACUUGUGGUUGACCCUUGUGGCAACCCCUGCCCACAACCUGUUGGCUUCCACUCCUCAUCCUUCAUAGUGAAGGAGUGUCGCCAGGUGUGUAGAGAGACCAGUACAAAACUCAACUCGGAUCAAGAAGAAGUUGAGGUGGAAACCUAUGUAACUCGCGACACACCACCUGUCAUGAGUCUUCGCUCAAUAACGGGUAACCAGGAGUACAGAACCUUCAACAACGAUCGGAUAACAUUAGAAUUCAACAGAACAUUUGAGCCAAAACUUGGUAAAGGGGAAGGCGAUGACGUCAUGUGUUACUACCCACAGCAAGACUUCAUUACAGAUACCAACCAAUACACUGGCCUCACCUGUCAAGCUACACCAAACUGUGAAGUUAUCUGUAAUGCUACCGAGGUGGUUAACGGAACUCACUUUCUCCAGAGACCUCAAUGCUCGAAGGUGAAGGGGAAUCCGAAAUUAACCCUAUGGCUGUACUUUGGUGUGAGGGGUUUGGCCGAGAUGUUCUCAGCCAUCCUGGUGUCCUUGUUAGAGGCAGUGGCCCUCACCAUGGUCCAUCAACACAAGGGAGACUAUGGCAGGGAGAAGAUGUUUGGUUUACUUGCUGUAGGAGUAUUUUCACCGAUCUCCGGCUAUCUCAUCGACAAUCAGUUCGGAACCUUCGGGGGGUACAGCUACGCCCCGGUGUUCUACGUGUUCAACGGCUUGAUGCUGGUAACUGCGGUGGUAACAGUUGCACUACCCAUUGAGGUGCAAGUUGAGAGAAUGAGUUUGCUGAAAAACAUCACUCAGCUCAUCCACACAACAGAACUGAGCAUCCUCCUGCUGCUGAUGACUCUCCUGGGCAUCUUCUGGGGUUACCUCAAGACAUUUGUCUAUCUGUAUUUAGAAGACCUACAUGCAUCCAAGUUACUCCUGGGUCUUACUCUUUCCUUUGGUAUUGUUCCUUCACUGCCAUUUUUAUACAGGAGUACAGCUGUAGUAAAGUACUGUGGCCACCACUACCUCAUCAUGCUUGCCUUCCUUGGAUACUGUAUCCGAUUUGCCGGUUUAUCAUAUAUCAUUAAUCCCUGGUGGGCUUUACUGCUGGAGUCACUGGAACUCUUCACACUCAACUUAAUGAAUGUGUCAGCUGCCACUCUAGCAUACAAGCUUUCCCCCAAGACCUUCGUGGCAACAGCCCAAGCUUUAGUCUGGGUUUCACACUUUAAUAUAGGUCGAUGCAUUGGUACCUUUGUUGGAGGGCAUCUUAGGACCAAGUAUGGUGAUGUCCCAGUGUUUCAGGGAGCUGCCAUUGUCUCGGCAGCAUGUGCAGCUGUUUACCUCGGCAUUCAUCACCUUGUCAAAUACUUGAAAGCAAGACAGAAUGUUCAGCCAACACCACGGUCAAGCAGAGAAAAUGGAAAUAUCCCAAAUGGCCAUUAUACUCCGCUCCAGGUUGCUGACGAGAAGUUUUGAUUGGAGUUCCGUGCUAGAUCUCCUCAAGUUACCACAUACAGCCAAGAGAAAGUAUGGUGAUAUUAAACACUUAUAUGGCACUGUGAUAGUCCAGGAUGAUAAGAGUGAAUCUUAAAAAUCACGAGUGGCAGGAUAGUCAUGUAAAUAAGAUCUACAUACCAUUAUAAUUAGUGAUAAUAGAUGUGUACAACAUGCCGGAGAAACUUCCUAGGUAAUAAAAGAAUAUAUGCAACUUUUAAUAUUCUUACAAUGGCAUUUACCAAUGUGCUCCAAGUAGACUGAAUUACUGAGCCACAAUUGGUGUCGUCAAGUGGUGGUAUCUCGUUCUCCCAGAGAUGUUUCCAAUGAAAAAAGGAUUAUUUGGAACCCAAGACAGUGGGCACAAGAGUUAGGAUAUGGUGCUAUAAAUGCGGUGUUUUGUAACCGGGCACUUUAUUGCCAAGUCACUAGUGUACAAGGAAAAAGGUGAAGAUCAUAUAUGGCCUCUUAUGGUUAUUUAAUGAAACCUUGAUUGUACAAUUACAGUAGUUAUAUAUGACAUAAAGUCCAUACAAGGCUG